AUGUCUGCUCAUGCAACUUCCGGUAAGCCUGUAUCUCGCAGGCCACAAGCAAAGCUCGUCAUGCCAGCGCUGAUGGCCCUUGAGCUCAUCGUGGCAACAGUCGCGGCUGUCCCACUAGCUUUGCCUGGCUGCCCGGAGGCCUGCGGCAGGGUCACCGUCCCCUACCCUUUCGGCUUCCGGCAAGGCUGCUUCCACGCGGGCUUCAACCUCACCUGCGACCACACACGCCACCCUCCGAAGCUGCUCCUGGGCGAUGGCGUGGAGGUGGACGCCAUCUCCCUGGCGGACGGCACGGUACGUGUCCAGAGCAAGACUGUGAGCGCUACGUGGUCCGACCCUAUCAGAAACGACACACGGACGCCAUCUCUCAUAAACUCCAACGGCUCGUGGGUCGGCGGCCUUACGGGUACCGGUGGGCAGCAGCUCGCGGUGUCGUCGGAGCACAACGUAUUCGUGGUCAUCGGAUGCAACUUCAUCGGCUACCUCGUUGCCCCAGACCCUUUUCGCAGCGCUCCGGAGCACAUCAGUGCCUGUGCCGCGCUGUGCGAUAGGUCUCCGGGCACCGAACUUGAGGAGUACACCUCGUGUUCGGGCGUUGGCUGCUGCCGGACGAUGUUCAAGGGUGAUUUGGACAAUACAGAGGCCGUGUACCAGGUGAUGUUCAAGCAUUUGGUGCACGAUACGGAGGUCGUGUACCCAGCGUGGGACACACCGUCGGAGUCGGUGGCCGCGUUCAUAGUCGAUCGAGAGUGGUUCAACGGGAAUGCAGGAGUGAUGCUUAAUAACACCUUCGGUUCUUAUGACCACCAUUGGGGAAGUCUAAGCCCCGUAGCCGUACCCACCGUAUUAAUUUGGUGGCUGGAACAAGACCGAGACCGUGAUAUAGUGUUCUACGAUCCUAAUGUCUCUCACUGGAGAUGCCUAAGUUUGAACAGCGUCGUUACCUACGUUAAUGGAUUUGCAAUAAGGUGCAGUUGCUUGGACGGAUACGAAGGCAAUCCUUACAUGCGUCAGGGAUGCCAAGAUAUCGACGAGUGCCUACAGCCAGGUGUUUAUCCCUGCCAUGGGACCUGCAUCAAUAUGCCAGGGACAUACCGAUGCUCAGCAAAGAAAAGAAUCAUCAACUUACCAGGUCUAAUUACCAUAAUAGCAAUUGCUGCUGGUUUUAGCCUACUGUUUUCAGUCCUAGGUAUUGCCCAAGUCACAAAAAAACUCAAGAAACAAAGAGCCAAGAAGUUCAGACAGAAGUUCUUUAAGAAAAACCAUGGAUUGCUUCUGCAACAGUUAAUCUCUUCGAACAAAGAUAUAGCCGAAAAGAUGAAAAUUUUCAGCUUAGAAGAGCUAGAGCAAGCAACCAACAAGUUUGACCAUAAUCGGGUCCUUGGCGGCGGUGGGCAUGGCACAGUCUAUAAGGGCAUCUUAUCUGAUCAACGUGUUGUGGCCAUCAAGAAGGCCAAAAUUGUAGUUCAAAGGGAAAUCGACCAGUUCAUAAAUGAGGUUGUCAUACUUUCACAGACAAACCAUAGGCAUGUGGUGAAGCUCUUUGGCUGCUGCCUCGAGACAGAAGUUCCUCUACUAGUCUAUGAGUUCAUAUCGAAUGGAACUCUAUUGUAUCAUCUCCAUGGCCAAAGUGAGAACCCUUUGUCAUGGAAAGAUAGAUUGAAAAUUGCAUUGGAAACUGCAAGGGCUAUUGCAUAUCUGCACUCUGCUGCUUCCAUAUCUGUAUACCAUAGGGACAUCAAAUGCGCAAAUAUAUUGCUUACUGAUACUUUAACAGCAAAAGUAUCAGAUUUUGGAGCUUCAAGGUCAAUUGCAAUAGAUGAGACAGGAAUACUUACAGCCAUCCAAGGAACUUAUGGUUACCUUGAUCCUGAAUACUACUAUACCACUCGACUCACGGAGAAGAGCGAUGUUUACAGCUUUGGUGUUAUCCUAGCAGAGCUACUGACGAGGGUGACACCAGUUUUUUCUUCUCAUUCGUCAGAAAGCACAAGCCUUGCAUCUCAUUUUGUGUCACUUAUAAGGGAUAAUCGAUUCUUAGAUAUUCUAGAUACACAAAUUGUUGAGGAGGGAGGGGCUGAAGAUGCUGAGGUGAUUGCAAGACUCACAGAAGCAUGCUUAAGUUUAAAAGGUGAAGAAAGGCCUACAAUGAGACAAGUGGAGACAACACUUGAAGAUGUGCAGAACUUAAAGGUCAAUCUCAGUUCUCAGAUCACAAGAGUGAACCAGAGUGCUAUAAAUGCUCAGUCAUACAAGGGAAGCAAAGGCAGUGAAGGAACUAGGCUGUACAGCUUGGAAAAAGAGUUCAUCCAUUCAUCUGAAAUUCCAAGAUGA